UGGUUUUCUGGUGACACUCCUGUUCUUGCGUACCAAAAGCUCAACGAAAAGUUCGAAUGCGGGCGGCUUCAUUUCGGGAACGAAGCAAAGUUUAUUUUUAGUCAUUUAUCGAUAUAUUCGGUUAACGCCGGUUUAUUUUAUGGUGAUUAUCAUCAAUGCGGUUACACUAAAGUAUGUGUAUAAUAAAUCAGUGUUCACACCCGGAUUGCCCGAUCAUAUUACGUGUCCGAAUUAUUGGUGGCGAAACAUUUUGUACAUUCAAAUCUGGUUCCCGUUCUCGCAACUGUGCAUGUUGUGGUCAUGGUAUUUAGCCGAUGAUAUGCAAUUCUACAUUUGGGCCAUCAUCAUACUCAUUCUAUCGAAGCGCCAUGGACGAACAGCUGUUGCCAUAAUCGUAACAUUUCUGCUCACCUCAUGGGUUGUGUCGGCGCUGGUCUCAUUAAAUUUCAAUUACGAGCAUAGAACGUCGGAACCUUUGGAAAGCUUUGGGUACUUGUACGAGAAGCCAUGGACGCGAUUGGGACCAUAUGUGAUGGGUAUGAUGGCUGGGUAUGUACUUAAUCGCUACAAAUCUGCACCGCCGGCCAUAACUCCAUUCAUCAAUGUUGUGCUGUGGAUGAUGUCACUGGGCGUGAUGUUAUUGCUUGUGUUUGGCGUUUGGAACGGUACACUAAAUCUUCUAUGGACCGCUCUUUAUGUUAGCUUAGGCCAUUCAGCUUGGGGAUUAGCGCUUGUUUGGAUCGUAUUAUCGUGUAAAUGGGGACUAGCCAAGCCAAUUGAUAGAUUAUUAUCAUUUCGAGGAAUGUUGCCAUUAAGUCGGCUCACCUAUUGCGCUUACCUGAUUCAUCCGAUCACUCAAAUUGUGAUGUCAUUAGACCUGAAAGGAACAAUUCAUAUCCAGCACAGUCUUGUGUUUACCGUAUUCUUGGGCAACGUGGUCACGGCUUAUACCGUCGCAUUAAUCUUGUCAUUAGUGUUUGAAGCGCCAAUCGUACGGCUUCUGAAAAUACUCUUCUCGAAAUGAACCGUUUUAGCUUUACUCUAUAUAGAUUUUGUAGUUUAUAAUUUUUAAGUUCAAUCACAUUUUGUUUUUGUUCGACUCGAAAUUGCAAAUCCGUGUCAUAGUUAUUAAGGAGAAAAAAGAAAGGAAGAAUGCAUCUUUAAAAGAAAGACAAAAAAAAUAAUGACAUCUGUAUAGGUUUUAAUUGCAUUUCAUUUUGUAAUAUGACGCAAAUGUACAUAAGUCACCCGGCAACAUUGUUGUUUGAUGAAGAAAUAAAAAAUGUCCUUUUCUGAUUAAAAUCAUAA